UACAAAAGUUUACAAUGGAAUUUUUCGGAUUAACCUUAUAUGGACCACAAAACUAUAUAAGGGAUCUUAUAAAGGAAGGAUAUAGAGAACCAGAGUGUAAAGAACAAGUUGAACCCCUGAUGCAACGCAUAAUAAGUCAGUCUACUUGCCCGGAGAAGAUUCAAAGAGCUGAUGUAUCCGUUAUCAGAUUAAUUGAUUGUUAUAUUGGGCGGGUAAACGGCUUCGCAUACGGUUCUGCACAGAGGUUCAAUAAAAUGAAACGCAAGGGAGUCAUAAAACCAACUGGUCCUGCGGAUAUUUACCGAAUCCCACCGACAACUUCUGUAGAGAUCGGAUGGUGGCAAUGUGAUCCCGCUUUAGCGAAUCAAACUUGGCAUGAAACCAACCCAAGAUACCCCGCACCGGUAUCUCCCACUUCUUUAAUCUACGACCAAGUCCGGAAAAAUGAUAAAUAUGCUAGACUGUUUUGAAUGAAAA